AUGGCGGAAACCAAAAGAAAGCCAGUUUUCACCAAAGUUGAUCAGCUUCGCCCUGGAACGAAUGGGCACAAUCUGGUGGUGAAAGUUGUGAGCUCAAAGAUGGUGUUGCGGAAGGGCAGGCCUGAUGGGCCUCAAGCUCACCAGGUGCGAAUCGCUGAGUGUCUCGUGGGAGAUGAAACCGGGACGAUUUUGUUUACAGCUAGGAAUGAGCAAGUGGAGAUGAUGAAACCCGAGACUACUGUAAUUCUUCGAAAUGCCAAAAUCGACAUGUACAAAGGAUCCAUGAGGCUUGCUGUGGACAAAUGGGGUCGUGUAGAAGUGACUGAGCCCGCUAGCUUCACCGUCAAAGAAGAUAAUAAUCUCUCUCUUGUUGAGUUUAAGCAGCAACAGCAGCAGCUUGAGAUCAAGAAGCUCGACUAUGAGUUUGGUGGUAAAGCAUCCAGGAUCAUAUUGUUGUGGCGGCGGCGCUGGGCGGGGGACUGCGUCGGCGACGGCGGCUAUGGGAGAAUGGCGGCGGAUCUGGUGCGAUUCUGCUAUAUUCUCCACCUUCCCUGUCGGCGGCGCUCGCAUCAUCUCCCGCCUACCACAUCCUCUCCAACGCCGACCACCGCUGCCGACUGA